AUGGAGGAAGAGAUUUCUGCCUUAACCAUGCAAGGUACAUGGUGUUUGGUACCUCGCCCUGCAAAUACAAAUAUUGUUGGCUCCAAGUGGAUUUACAAGAUCAAAAGAAAUUCAGAUGGGACAGUUUCUCGCUAUAAAGCUCGGCUAGUGGCACAUGGGUUUAGUCAAAAGGCCGACUUUGACUACGAUGAAACCCUCAGUCCAGUGCUCGAUGUCAAGAACACCUUUCUCCAUGGCGAUCUUGACGAGGAGGCUCCAAAGGCAUGGAAUGCCAAGUUCACGGGCUACUUACCUUCUCUUGGUUUCAAAAUGUCACAUAGUGAUCCAAGUCUGUUUGUGAAGAUUUCGGAUUCAGCUAUCAUUGUAUUGUUGCUCUAUGUCGAUGAUAUUAUUCUCACAGGUUCAAACUCUCACGUUAUUCAAGAGGUUAUUACAUAUCUUGGUUCAGUGUUUGAUCUCAAGGACUUGGGUCCCCUUACCUUCUUUCUUGGCUUACAGAUUUCGUUUAAGUCGAAUGGUGAUCUUUUUAUCAGUCAACAGAAGUAUGCGAAAAACCUUUUAGUCAAGGCUGGGAUGGAAUCAUGUCGGUCCUGCCCAACUCCCUCUAAACCUCACACACAGGUUCUUCCCACAGAUGGUGAACAUUUAAAGGAACCAUCAGUAUACCGCAGUAUAGUGGGUGCUCUUCAGUACCUAACUUUUACAAGACCAGACCUCGCCUAUUCUGUUAAUACUGUCCGCCAAUUUAUGAAUAGUCCCACAGAGGUUCCUUUUCAGUUGGUUAAAAGGAUUUUGCGCUACAUUCAAGGGACUUUGCACUAUGGUCUUACUUACUCUUCUUCUGUUCCAGUUUCUUUGUCUGCAUAUAGUGAUGCAGAUUGGGCUGAGGAGAUUACCACUCGACGAUCAACCAUAGGAUUUGUUGUCUUCUUGGGUUCCAAUCCAAUUUCAUGGCAGUCUAAGAAGCAGGGGUCUGUCUCCCGUAGCUCCACUGAAGCUGAAUACCGUGCUCUUGCUAAUGCCUCAGCAGAAGUAGCUUGGAUUCGUCAGAUACUUGCAGAUCUUCAUGUCUUUCUCCCAGAACCUCCAUUGUUGUUUUGUGAUAACAUGUCUGCAUUAGCUCUCAGCUUUAAUCCCGUGUUCCAUUCUCGUAUCAAACAUUUGGAUGUCGACUUCCAUUUUGUUCGAGAACAUGUACAACACAGAGACUUCUUAGUGCAACACAUUCCUACUGAUGAUCAGGUUGCAGAUGUUCUUACUAAAGGGCUUCAUAGUCCAGUAUUUGUUAAGCAUUGUACCAAUCUCAGUUUAGGUGGGGGGGUGUUUACCCAAUGGUUAGAGUUGGUUAGAGCUGUUAGAAUUGUUAGGAGAUUGAUAAGAGAGGAGAUAUUCCGGGGGUGCUGUGCUGAAUGUGAUUCUUGCUGUUGUGACUGGAUCCAUGCAUCACCAUGCUUAAGUGCAUUCGUUGCUGGUUCAAAGCUGCAGCAUUUAAGAUGUUUGAGGACAACUAGUAGAAAGCCAGAGAUUGAUGCUUAUGACGAAAAAGGAAAGACGUUGGAUGACAUUCGUGGAGAUAUAGAGUUGAGAGAGGUUUUUUGCAGCUAUCCAGCCAUACCAUAUGAACAAAUAUUCGACGGCUUCUCUCUUUAUAUCCCUACUGGCACCACCGCAGCUUUGGUUGGAGAAAGUGGAAGUGGAAAGUCAACAGUUAUCAGUCUGAUAGAGCGGUUUUAUGAUCCACGAGCUGGUGAAGUUUUGAUAGAUGGUAUAAACCUAAAAGAAUUCCAGCUCAAAUGGAUUCGGGGUAAAAUUGGUCUUGUCAGCCAGGAACCUGUACUGUUUGCAUCAAGCAUCAAGGAAAAUAUUGCCUAUGGAAAGGAUGGUGCUACCCUUGAAGAGAUAAAAGCAGCAGCUCAACUUGCAAAUGCUGCUAUAUUUAUUGAUAAACUGCCUCAGGGGAUUGACACCAUGGUCGGUGAGCAUGGAACUCAGCUGUCUGGUGGGCAGAAGCAGAGAAUUUCCAUAGCAAGAGCAAUUUUGAAAGAUCCACGAAUUUUACUUCUGGACAAAGCUACAAGCGCAUUUGAUGCAGAAUCUGAGAAUAUAGUUCAAGAAGAAUUGGAUAGAAUUAUGGUCAACCGAACUACUGUUAUUGUUGCUCAUCGUUUGAGCACGGAUCCUGAAGGAGCAUACUCUCAACUUAUACACUUGCAAGAAGUAAACAAGGGAUCAGAGAGAACAGCAGAAGCUCAAAACAAAUCAGAAAUAACAAGGGAACAGUCGAGUCAAAGGAUGAAGUUAGUAAGAUCCUUGAGUCAGAAUUCCUCUGUUGGUAGCAUGCGUGACAACAAUACAUUGCAGACAGAACCAGAAGCCCCUACCCUGGCAUUAGAGCAACCUCCAAAGAUCUCACUCCGCUGCCUUGCUGCCCUUAACAAGCACGAGAUUCCAGUGCUUCUUAUUGGAACUGUAGCUGCAAUGACCAGUGGCGUUAUGAUUCCUCUGUUUGGUGUGCUUAUGUCGAGGGUAGUAAAGACCUUCUAUGAACCACCUCUUCAACAAAAGACAGAUACAGAGUUUUGGGCAAUGAUGUUUAUGACCCUUGGUCUGGCAUCAUUACUGGUGAUCCCAGCAAGACGAUACUUCUUUUCUGUUGCUGGGAGCAAGUUAAUUGAACGUGUCAGAUUGAUGUGUUUUGAGAGAGUGGUUCAAAUGGAGGUUGCGUGGUUUGAUGAGGCUGAAAACUCAAGUGGUGCAAUUGGUGCCAGGCUCUCAUCAGAUACAGCUAUAUUGCGGGGCCUAGUAGGAGACGCACUAGCUCAGAUGGUUAGUAGCAUUGCGACUGCAGCUGCAUGUUUGUUCAUUCGUUUUACUGCAUGUUGGCAGCUGGCAUUCAUUGUCCUCGCAUUGAUUCCUCUGAUCGGAGUUAAUGGAUAUGUUCAAGCAAAGUUCAUGAAAGGAUUCAGUUUGUGGUUUGUUGUGGCUAACGGAGGGAAUGUUGGAUUGAAGUCCAACUUGGAUUGGGAUGUAGAGUCUGAGGUGACAGGAGAUUUAGGGUUCAGGCUGAUGUAUGAGGAAGCAAGCCAAGUUGCAAAUGAUGCAAUUGGAAGCGUAAGGACAAUUGCUGCUUUCUGUGCUGAAGAAAAGGUAAUGGACCUAUACAGAAGGAAAUGUGAAGCCCCUACCGAGGAAGCAAAAAGACAAGGCUUGAUCAGCGGAAUAGGAUUUGGAAUAUCUUUAUUCUCUCUGUUUUGUGUCUAUGCAACCAGUUUCUAUGCGGGAGCUAAACUUGUUGAGGCUGGAAAAACCACAUUUUCACAUGUUUUCCAAGUUUUCUAUGCUUUAACCAUGGCAGCUUUGGGAAUUUCUCAGUGGAGCUCCUUUGCUGUUGAUUCUAGUAAAGCCAAGAAUGCUGCUGCUUCCAUAUUUGCAAUAAUAGACAGGAAGUCAAAGAUAGACCCUAGUGACGAGUCUGGUGUGAAAUUGGAUAACGUAAAGGGAGAGAUUGAGCUUCGCCAUACAGUUGCCCUGGUUGGAGAAAGUGGGAGUGGAAAAUCCACAGUUGUCGCAUUAUUCCAAUUGAAAUGGUUGAGGCAGCAGAUGGGGCUUGUGAGCGAAGAACCUGUCUUAUUUAACGACACCAUCCGCGCCAACAUUGCAUAUGGAAAAGAUGGGGGUGCAACUGAGGCAGAAAUUGUAGCUGCAUCAGAGUUGGCCAAUGCCUACACAAUGCCUACAGCUUCAUUAGGCUUUGACACCACAGUAGGACAACGAGGAGUGCAAUUGUCUGGGGGACAGAAGCAAUGCAUAGCGAUUGCGCGUGCUAUAAUCAAGAGCCCCAAGAUAUUACUGCUGGAUGAAGCUACAAGUGCACUGGAUGCUGAAUCUGAGAGAGUGGUUCAAGAUGCAUUAGACGGAGUGAUGGUAAACCGGACCACAGUGGUGGUUGCCCAUCGACUAUCCACAAUCAAGAAUGCAGAUGUGAUCGCAGUGGUAAAAAAUGGGGUUAUCGUAGAGAUAGGCAAGCAUGAUACACUGAUGAAUAUCUCUGAUGGAUUUUAUGCAUCCUUAGUAGCUCUUCACAUGAGCGCUUCAACUGCAUAA